UUAGUUUUUAUGGCGUGGGUUACGCUCCCCUAGUUCUUCGUCUCAGCGACACGGCCCGUCUGCGCCGAAUCCUAGAUCCGAGGGCUGCACCCUUCGCCGGCGCAUCCUAGUUGUCUCAGCUAGCGCCGGAAAUCCAAAGAAGAUGUUUGCAAUUGGCGUAUUCACUGCCAAGAGACGUUCUCCAUUUGUGAUAGAUGUGUUGUUUACGCUUUUUUAAUUUUGGCUUUCUGAUGGCAUGUCUGUUCUGCCAUUUGCCGUUUGCCGACAGGGAUUUCAGUUCCUUCUAGAGCGAUUCAGUGACCGAUACGCAAGCUACUCACAUUGGGAUUUUGUCUCGCUUUUGGUACACAAGGUGAAUCCUCUUCAGUCUGUAGCAAUGUAUGUUGACAUGGAAAAUGGAUCAGGGGGGUAUCAAGAGAGGUCAAGGACAUUCCCGAACAUGCGGAGUAAAUCACAGGCCCCCUUGAUAUUCCGGAUUUUGUUGGGAAUAAAUGCACGUGUCUUGUAUGUCCUAUUGCUUUUGCUAGUUGGAAUGAUGUUCUACCUUGGAGCUAGUACUUCACCAAUUAUUUUCUUCGUGUUCUCCAUCUGUAUCAUUAGCUUCUUCUUUUCUGUCUAUCUCACAAAGUGGGUCCUUGCAAAGGAUGAGGGACCUUCUGAAAUGGUUGAGAUAUCUGAAGCUAUACGAGAUGGGGCUGAAGGGUUUUUCAAAACUCAAUAUGGAACUAUUUCUAGAAUGGCAAUGUUCUUAGCACUUGUAAUUCUUUGCAUAUAUCUAUUUCGCAAUAUGACCCCGCAACAGGAAUCAUCUGGUUUGGGCAGAUCAACAUCUGCCUAUAUUACGGUGGUUGCUUUUCUUCUGGGGGCUUUAUGUUCAGGGAUAGCCGGUUAUAUUGGGAUGUGGGUAUCUGUUCGGGCAAAUGUUCGAGUUUCUAGCGCUGCUAGGCGUUCUGCACGAGAGGCAUUGCAGAUUGCUGUACGGGCAGGCGGCUUCUCAGCAAUUAUUGUGGUUGGCAUGGCUGUAAUUGGUGUGGCCUUUCUAUAUGCAACAUUUUAUGUUUUCCUUGGCGUAGAUUCUCCUGGUUCAAUGAAGGUUACAGACUUGCCUCUUCUUCUUGUGGGAUAUGGUUUUGGUGCUUCUUUUGUUGCGCUUUUUGCUCAGUUGGGUGGUGGAAUAUAUACUAAAGCAGCUGAUGUCGGUGCUGACCUUGUUGGAAAAGUGGAACAGGGAAUACCCGAAGAUGAUCCAAGAAAUCCUGCUGUGAUUGCAGACUUGGUUGGUGAUAAUGUGGGUGACUGUGCUGCUCGAGGUGCAGAUCUCUUUGAGAGCAUAGCAGCAGAAAUAAUCAGUGCUAUGAUACUCGGAGGAACAAUGGCUCAGCGCUGCAAAAUUGAAGAUCCUUCAGGGUUCAUAUUAUUUCCUCUUGUUGUCCAUUCUUUUGACUUAGUGGUCUCAUCUAUUGGGAUACUAUCAAUUAGGGGCACGCGUGAUUCUGGUAUUGUAGUUCCUACUGAGGAUCCAAUGGCUAUACUUCAGAAAGGCUACUCUGUCACGAUCAUUUUGGCUGUUCUGACAUUUGGGGUGUCUACCAGAUGGCUCCUAUACACAGAACAGGCACCUUCUGCGUGGUUAAAUUUUGCCUUGUGUGGGUUGGUAGGAAUAAUGACAGCAUAUGCUUUUGUUUGGAUCUCCAAAUAUUACACUGAUUACAAGCAUGAACCUGUCCGAGUUUUAGCACUUUCUAGUGCUACAGGUCAUGGAACUAACAUAAUUGCUGGUGUCAGUUUGGGACUCGAAUCAACAGCUCUUCCAGUUCUCGUGAUAAGUGUAGCUAUUAUUUCAGCCUAUUGGCUAGGACAUACCUCAGGUCUGGUGGAUGAUUCUGGAUAUCCAACUGGCGGUUUAUUUGGGACUGCUGUAGCAACAAUGGGAAUGCUUAGCACUGCAGCAUAUGUUCUCACCAUGGAUAUGUUUGGUCCUAUUGCUGAUAAUGCUGGUGGGAUUGUGGAGAUGAGUCAACAGCCUGAAAGUGUUCGAGAAAUCACAGACGUUUUAGAUGCUGUAGGUAACACUACAAAAGCUACCACAAAAGGGUUUGCUAUUGGUUCUGCUGCACUUGCCUCUUUCCUUCUUUUCAGUGCUUAUAUGGAUGAAGUUUCUUCAUUUGCUAACGUCUCUUUUAAUCAGGUUGAUAUUGCAAUUCCAGAGGUUUUUAUUGGAGGCUUAUUAGGUUCUACGCUUAUAUUUGUAUUUAGUGCCUGGGCCUGUUCUGCUGUUGGAAGAACUGCACAAGAAGUUGUUAAUGAAGUCCGUAGACAAUUUAUCGAGAGACCAGGCAUUAUGGACUACACAGAAAAACCAGAUUAUAGUCGCUGUGUUGCUAUUGUGGCAUCUGCUUCAUUGCGCGAAAUGAUAAAACCUGGAGCUUUGGCCACUAUUUCUCCAGUGGUAAUUGGAUUAAUGUUCCGGCUAUUGGGCUACUAUACAGGGCAUCAGCUUCUUGGUGCCAAAGUUGUAGCUUCAAUGCUUAUGUUUGCUACAGUGUGUGGUAUUCUUAUGGCUCUUUUCCUUAAUACUGCUGGCGGUGCAUGGGAUAAUGCAAAGAAAUAUAUAGAGACUGGUGCUUUGGGAGGCAAAGGCAGUGAUUGCCAUAAAGCUGCAGUGACUGGUGACACAGUCGGAGAUCCAUUUAAGGACACAGCUGGCCCAUCACUACAUGUUCUUAUUAAGAUGCUUGCAACAAUCACUUUGGUCAUGGCACCGGUCUUUUUGUGAUACAGAAUAGAGAGGCUGCAUACGCAGUCAUAGAAAUGUUGGUGGCAACUGCAUUGUGUUAUAGCUGUUUUCUUUCCAGAUGUAGAGCAAUAUUAAUAACUUGUCGUGAGUUAGUGCUGAUAUUUUUAUCGAUGAAUUGACAUUGAUCGUACAUGGUAUAAAAUGUUAUGUAUACCUUUUGCA